AUGGCUGCCCCUCAAGGAUACCCCUUCCUCUGUCUGGAGAACCCCCUCCUCGACAUCCAGGCCGUCGGUGACGCCGCCCUCCUGCAAAAGUAUGGCCUGAAGGACAACGAUGCUAUCCUCGCCGAGGACAAGCACAUGGGCAUCUACGAGGAACUGCUCCAGAACCAUGACGCCAAGCUGAUUGCUGGUGGUGCCGCUCAGAACACUGCCCGUGGCGCCCAGUACAUGCUGCCCGAUAACUCCGUCAUGUACAUCGGCUGUGUCGGUAAGGACAAGUAUGCCGAUAUCCUCAAGGAUGCCUGCAACAAGGCCGGCGUCCACACCGAGUACCGCGUCGACGAGGUCCAGCCUACUGGCAAGUGCGGUGUUGUGAUCACUGGCCACAACCGCAGCAUGUGCACCCACCUCGCCGCUGCCAACGAGUACAAGAUUGAGCAUCUGAAGCAGCCCCACAUCUGGUCGCUCGUCGAGAAGGCCCAGGUCUACUACAUUGGUGGCUACCACUUGACCGUCUGUGUCCCCGCCAUCCAGGCUCUGGGUGAGGAGGCUGCCGCGAAGAAUAAGAUCUUCAUGCUCUCUCUUUCUGCCCCCUUCAUCCCCCAGUUCUUCAAGGACCAGCUCGACACCGUCCUCCCCUACACCGACUACACUUUCUGCAACGAGACCGAGGCUCGCGCCUACUCCGAGAGCCACAGCUGGGGUACCGAUGACGUCGUCGAGAUCGCCAAGAAGCUGGCUCAGCUGCCCAAGAAGAACACCAACCGCCCCCGUGUCGCCAUCGUGACCCAGGGCACCCUCCCCACCAUCGCUGCCACCGUCAAGCCCAACGGCGAGGUCGAAGUCAAGGAGUUCCCCGUGCACGAGGUUGCCAAGGAGAGCAUCAAUGAUACCAACGGUGCUGGUGAUGCCUUCGCUGGUGGUUUCUGCGCUGGUGUUGUCCAGGGCAAGUCCCUGGAGGAGAGCAUGCACAUGGGCCAGUGGCUCGCCAGCCUCAGCAUCCAGGAGCUGGGUCCCUCCUUCCCCUUCCCCAAGAAGACCUACACCCCUUCUAACUAG